AGGUUUCUCUGUUAAAGGCUGGUUUCGCGCGAUUUCACCAUUCCGUGUAUUAACACAGGCGAUCGCGAAGAGUAGAGAAGAGCGAUGAGCGGAUAUCAGCGAAUGAGGUGGUUUGUUUAGAUCUAAGAUAUUUUGAUAAAUCAAAUUAGGAGGUUAGAGAAGCUGACAUAAUCAGCAUAAGAUUAUUACAAGAUUGUUUGAAGAUUGCUUUUGGAUUGUUUGAGAUUAUCAUAGUGGGAUUCAGUCUGAUCUCGCGGCUACAGUCAUUCACAGCCCAGCGGAUCCUUUUGGUAGCAAACGACCUGCAUAGUGUGCAACCACCAGCGAGCUCAGUUGUUGCAUUAAGAGAGAAAACGUAACUGGGUGAGAGGAAAUUCCCGAGCACAAAUCAAUUAACCAUUGUUAUUGUUCAAGUUAAAAAAACACUGUAUUAAAUGAUGGAUACAGCGCAAAGAGGGUCAACCUUGGGACAUUAUUCAACACCAAGGUAUCUAGAACAGCUAACACAACCACCAGGUUAUCAAACACAGAGCAACCUUGGCUAUUCUUGUUAUGGAUCAAGUGGAAGAUCGUCACAAGGUUACUCAUCUACAGGAGAUUUUAUGUAUCGGUCGUCAUUGCCUCCGCCCAUGGCAGAAAAUGCUGGUUUAGUGGCACAAGUUCCAGCCCAACAAAGCAUUGGCAUUCUACCAUCUGAAAACAGCAGUUCAAGACAACAUUGUAUGUUUGCAGGCGGCUCGGUCUCUGGACAUCAUUCGAAUAACUCUGGUCGAUUCCAUGAUCACCAAGCUGAAUACCAGAACCCUGCACAUGGUUUCUACUCUGUACCACACCACGAAGCAUUAUCCCCACAUUCACACUUCUCGAGGUACUCUAUGAAACCAGCUGAUUAUUUAGACAAACAGUCACCUGGGCCUUAUCCGAGUCCUUUCGAUUACUACAGCAGUCCAUACAUGCAUAUGGGCUUUCAACCACACGGAAACUUCAGGCAGCCCUUGAACCAAGUUAUCAGUUGCCAGUGGACAGAUGCAAGUACCAAAAACAAGGCAUGCGGCAAGCAAUUCUUCGUAAUGAUGGACAUUGUGCAGCAUCUUGCAGAAGAUCAUGUUGGUAUCAAUGACUCAAACGAACAUAUUUGCAUGUGGAAAGAGUGCCCUCGAAAUGGGCUCCCAUUUAAAGCUAAAUACAAGUUGAUCAACCAUCUUAGAGUGCAUACAGGGGAGAAGCCAUUCCCAUGCCCUUUUCCUGGAUGUGGCAAACUUUUUGCGAGGAGUGAAAACCUAAAGAUUCACAAGAGAACACAUACGGGUGAGAAACCAUUUAUAUGCGAGUUCGAGGGGUGUGGAAGGCGCUUUGCCAACAGUAGCGAUCGCAAGAAGCACAGUCAUGUCCACACGUCUGAUAAACCGUAUGUCUGCAAAGUCGACGGUUGCAACAAAACAUACACACAUCCAAGUUCAUUGCGGAAGCACAUGAAGCUACAUGGGAAGAUCGAUACAGUCAGCGUAUCUGUUAAGGACAUUAAAACCGACAGUAGCAGUGUAACAAUGAGUCCAGAAACACCUCACUCAGUAAGUUGGUAGGCAGGUUAAAGACAUUUUCACGACAUUUUUAAACAAUACAAUUUUAUACAACACAAGCCAUGUUGAAUGUUCUACCAUACAUAGUAGAUUUUAGCAUUAGAAAUUUUGUCAUUUGGGCAAAAACACUUAAAAACACUUUCAUAAUUCUAAGACCUAAUGAUUCAUACUCGAAGUAAAGCUAUGCAAAAGGGAAGUGUUGAUUUUCGUCUGAUUUUGCGAGAAGAAAAGCUUUAAUCUGAAUUAACGUCGUGAAAAGCUAACGUGAAAUGGGUACACACAUCAAGUAAAAUGGCACCAAUGAGUUAUGAGCCCACUCCUCUACAAUUUUUUGGCUAUUCGUGAAGAAUCUAUGCACUUUCGUUUAAUUAUUAUUAGCUCCAAAUGCAUUCUAUAUUCUCUGCCAUUGAUACAGGCGUUCCCUUCUCCCUUCACGUUUGAUAACCACAAAGAGACAGAAAGUUUACAAUAGUUUGUUUCCUUCAGUCCUGAUGAAUUUCAAGUAGAUAAUCCUUAAGAAAAGUUUUCAACUAGCUUUUUAAAGCCAAGGAAAGUCACACCUCAUCUUUUACAAGUGAGCGGUAAGUGCACAAGACGAAACGAAAAGCACCCAAUAAAUCAUUCGAAAUUCGUUCGAUUCUCAAAAAGGUGUUGAUGUCAAAUGCUUGAAACUUCUCGCUUAUCAUUGUCGUAUUUAAGGACACCGAAAUCUUAGAGAAUUAGUUGUCACGAACGGAGAUUUGUUCUUCGUUUGCGAGGCCGAGCCCGGCUUCAUCUAGAUGGUUUAGCAGACGUUUUUGUCUAGCUCGAUCGCCAAUUAAUAUGCAAUGGAAAUUAGCUUUUGAAAGUUACCUCAGUCUGGGUAAGCAAAUCUUAACCAAUUGAUAUAUUACAUGAAAUUGGAACGAGCCUUGAAGAAACAAAGUUAGUUCUUAGCAAAAAACCUUACUCUCCAGACAAAAAAUACUUGUUUCGUCCCUAUGGCCUAUGAAACUAUAUACAUAUAUUCUGCAAGAUAGUGUUAUGUGCCUAGACGUGAUUUCCAUUACAUCGUGUUUCACCCGUUGACACGAAUUUUUUCUACAACUCGGGGCUUGACCACGGCCACUUCGUAUACCUGUAGCUACAUUCCAGAGAGCUAACUGUCGUUAAAUUAACACACGCUUCUGCGAUGAAUUAGUGUUUCAUCUUGAGGGUAAAUUAUGCAUUCGAAUCAAUCAUGGACAUACGAAGUCAUGUAGUUAUUAUAAUACAAACAAAGUUCAUUCACUAUAGCUAAAUGUUAUGGGUUUCAAGCCCCUUUUGUAUACCAUCCCAAUCCAUUAACUUAUCAGCUUGUAUGGUAUACAAAAGUACAAGACAUCCAUGGCAUUUAGUAAUGUAACUGCAACAUACAUUUUCUGUAAAUAAGAAUACAAGUAGCAAACGCAAGUAAACUGUUGUUUAUGUAAAUAAACCGAGAUCGACCCUUUGUAAAUCAGUGUAAACUAUUACUUGCACAUCGACUGAUAAUUUAUACAUCAUUAAGUAUUUGAAAUUUAUUGGAUGAUAAUUUCAUA